CCAUCAUCGACGACGACUAGUUAACCCUCCCCCUCCCUCUCGCUCUCAACAUUUUCUCUCUCCAAAACUACAAUGUCAACACUCUCAACGUUCCUCAUUCUCGAUCUUGUCUGUCUUCUCUCUCUACUCUUUCACUGUCACUCUCGCGAAGCCACUGAUUCGAAGCUUCAAAACGGCGCCGUUAAUGUCAGUGAAUUGAGAUCCAAGGAAAGCAGCUUCGCUGAUAUGUUCGAUCGAGCGUUGAAUAAGGAAUUCAACGAUACCAAUGAACAGUCCGAAGCUACUGAUCCUGGGAGCUUCAACAACAGUGUCGCCGGACAACAGGUUUUCACUCCCGGGCCAAAAUUCUAUUUUUUUUAUUAG